AUGGCCAAGAACUACAUCGUCGAACAUAUGGAAGAAGGCAUGCACGACUGGUGCACGCUGGAGUACGAGCACAUGGUCUCUGUCUGCGGCGCCGAGCACAUCUACUUCACUGCUCUCACCCCCAAGACUCUCGCCGAUAUGCCUGCCUCGCUCAGAAAAGCCCACUGCCACACCGAGGAUAUCCUGACCAUGGGUGACCGUAUCCCCCACGAGAAGGUCUGUCUCCUCGACCCUUCUUCGCCUUACCCCCUCGCCCCCGAAGAUGCUGACACUUAUGACUUUUUCCUUUUUGGAGGUAUCUUGGGUGAUGACCCACCAAGAGAUCGUACUGGAGAGUUGAGAAAGUUGGGAUUCGCUACUCGUCACUUGGGACCUGUUCAAAUGACCACCGAUACCGCCGUCAAUGUUUCUCGUCGUGUUGUCGAGGGCAAGACCCCAUUGGAUCAGAUCCAAUUCAUCGACCACCCAGAGAUCAAGUUGCGCAAGAAGGAGACCGUAACGAUGCCCUUCCGUUACAUUGCCCUCCCUCCCAAGGAAUCUACAGAAGUCGCCGUUGAGGGUGAGGAGUCAACGAAAAAGUCAAAGAAGGCCAAGAAGCUGGAACCAUUGCUCCCUCCUGGCAUGCUUGAGCUGUUGAAGAAGGAUAACGACACCGCCCUCGAUCUGUUCUAG